AGAAACGUCAAUGCGGCCACGCAUGUAGUGUGCAUAUAAUUGAGGACUGCAUACAGAGUGUCCAGUUUAGGAUGCAUAUGUACAUCUGCAAUCGGAAGGAAUUCACUCGGAUUGGCGAAAAUAUUUACUAGCGCACAGUGCAAAAUCCCGGAACUUUAAAUUGAGCUCGGUGUUUCUGACGGACCCUGAUUGAGAGGGACGCUGUUGCCACAGGCAGCGCUUGGCGUUGCUUUGUAUGUUGUUAGACUUGACCUUAUUAUUAUUAUUAUUUUUUUACAACGAGGAUUUAAUAAACAGAGACGAUCAAUAAAAACCAUCAUAAAAAAACCACCACUUUUCCAGGCAUGUGAUCUUAUUUCUGCCUGUAAUUUUUGGACAGACUGCAUCGUGAAGCUGAGUAAACAAGCUAACGUUAGCAUGUAACUACGGACUUACUUUAUACCUCAAAACGCAGCGCGGGUGCGUUCAUGUGGAUUAACACGUGAUUGUUUACGAAGAAGCUGUACUUGAUCAAAGCACUGUUUCACCCUGGCACUGUUUAAAGCGACGGCGUGAUAAGUCGAGCAGCGCUCUGACAUGUCCUGCAGCCAUCUCGCACCACAGACCCGUCAGUCCCUCAACUCCUCUGGGCAUUAUGGCAGAGAGAUAUCCUCUAGCCGAGAAGGCCAUGUCGGAGGGUUUCGCUCGACUCCGGUACAAAGACACAUCGCUGCUCAUUUGGCAGCAGCAGCAGCUGGAGCUUGAGAAAACACCGACCAACUACCUGAACCGCAGCCGCAGCGCCUGGUACAGUCAGUAUGGCAACCAGGCCGUGGUGGUGCGGGACCGAAACACGCUACACGAGCCUGAAAGCGGCUCCCGCAUAUGUUCUGUUAUGUGACAGUGUUAAACAAUUCCUUAUUUGUGGACAGAGCGAGCAGUUCUCAUCGCAGUUUCUGGAAAUAGAUGGACGCAUCUAGAGAUUUUAUGAGAUAUAAUGUUACAGGUCUUCCUCGUGUCUGAAUAUUUCUGAGCCUCACAGGUGUCUCAUAAAAAUGAUUGGUUAUCAACUGAAAACACAGAGCUGUAUACACUCCUCCGUCAUGCAGUGUACUGUAUGCAGCUUUUCUUCAGUAUUUUACACAAUGUACACUCCCAUUAUACAUAAAACAAUAAAGCAUAUAUGAAAGCA